UUCCGCGCGGGUUUGUGGCGCCGCAGCAGCGCGCGAACUGCCAGUCUUGCUUGGUAUCGCCGCCAUGGCGGAUUUAGAGUUCCUGGGCAGCCAGCAGCAGCCCGCGGCCGCCGGUAACGGGUUGUUGGAAGGCACCGAGGAGGAUCCUGCUGCCGCCUUCCUGGCGCAGCAGGAAAACGAGAUCGCGGGCAUCGAGAACGACGAGGGCUACAACAUCCUGGAGAACGGCGAGGUGCCGGUGGAGCUGCAGAUCCCGGAGGGCCUGGACCCUGGUGCUGUUGAUAGAGUGGUUAAUGGAGAAGUCUGUCAGGAGAGUAACGGUACAAAUGACUCCUCUGCUGCCACGUGCCAGGUAGAUGGACUGCAAUCAGAGCCAGAGAGCAUUCGUAAGUGGAGAGAUGAGCAAAAGGAGCGCCUGGAGCAACUUGAUGCAAACUCAAGAAAGCAGGAAGCAGAAUGGAAGGAGAAAGCAGUAAAGGAGUUGGAGGAGUGGUAUGCAAGACAAGAUGAAAAGCUCCAGAAAACAAAAGCCAGCAACAGGGUGGCAGAUGAAGCUUUCUACAAACAACCCUUCGCUGACGUGAUUGGUUAUGUCACAAACAUAAAUCAUCCUUGCUACAGCCUAGAACAGGCAGCUGAAGAAGCCUUUGUGAAUGAUGCAGAAGACAUUUUUCCGGGCACUGAGUGGGAACGUGUGGCUCAGCUCUGUGACUUUAAUCCCAAGUCUAGUAAGCAGGCAAAAGAUGUGUCCCGCAUGCGUUCAGUCCUCAUCUCACUCAAGCAGGCUCCGCUGGUUCGCUGAAGGAGAGCAUGAUGAAAACACUACAAAUGCAAUAUCCUGACCUUACUCAGAGAAGCUACGUUUGCAGUAAUUGAUUAAUUGUUUCAAUUUAUUUUUUUUGGACCAAACAUCAUCAUGUUUCUAGAGCUGAUGAUUGUUUGAUUGCAUGUUCUUCCUUGUGUUUCGUUUCUGUGUCUAAAACAGCACAAUCUCCAAAACUAGUCUCUGUGCUGUUGUGCACAGAGAUGUCACUUCCCACAUUACUGAUAUUAAAGAUCUUUUAAACAGCAAAA